AUGAAAGGAUUAAUUCUUGUCGGUGGUUAUGGUACUCGUUUGAGACCUUUGACUUUGUCUAUUCCCAAGCCCUUAGUCGAGUUUGCUAACAAGCCUAUGAUAUUGCAUCAGAUUAAGGCUCUUGCUGAUGUUGGCUGUACCGAAAUUGUCUUGGCCGUUAAUUACAAACCCGAGGUCAUGGUUGGCACUUUGACGCAGUACGAGAAACAAUAUGGCGUUCAUAUUACAUUCUCUGUUGAGGACGAGCCUCUAGGUACUGCUGGUCCAUUGAAGUUGGCUGAGGACAUUUUGAAAAAGGAUGAUUCUCCAAUCUUUGUUUUGAACUCUGAUGUCAUCUGUGAGUAUCCAUUGCAGGAAUUGUUGGACUUCCAUAUAGCUCAAGGUGGUGAGGCUACCAUUGCUGCUACCAAGGUGGACGAACCUUCUAAAUACGGAGUCAUCGUUUAUGAUAGGGAUGUUGCCAACAGAAUUGAUCGAUUCGUUGAAAAACCUGUCGAAUUCGUUGGUAACAGAAUUAAUGCUGGUAUUUAUGUCUUGAAUCCAACUGUUCUCGAUCUAAUUGAAAUGAGACCUACCUCUAUCGAGAGUGAGACUUUCCCUCUACUCGUUGAGAAGAAACAGCUCUAUUCGUUCGACCUUCCUGGCUAUUGGAUGGAUGUUGGUCAGCCAAAGGACUUCUUGACUGGUAUGUGUCUAUAUUUGACUGCCUUAUCCAAAAAUCAUCCUGAGGAGUUAUCCAAAGGUGACUAUGUUUAUGGAGGCAACGUUCUUGUUGACCCAACUGCCAAGAUCGGAAAGGACUGCAAGAUCGGUCCUAACGUUGUUAUCGGUCCUAAGGUCGUUAUUGGCGAUGGUGUGAGAAUCCAAAGAUCCACUAUCUUGAAGAACAGUGAAAUUAAAGACCAUGCAUGGAUCAAAUCGACCAUUGUCGGUUGGGAUUCCACGGUCGGAAAGUGGGCCAGACUACAAGGUGUUACUGUGUUGGGCGAGGACGUUAAUGUCAAGGAUGAGAUUUACAUUAAUGGUGGUAAGGUUCUUCCUCAUAAGUCCAUCAAGAAUAACGUCGAGACUCCUCAGAUUAUCAUGUAA